AUGCCAGAUGGCUUCAUCGGAUCGAAGAUUGCCUGGCAAAAUUGCACAGCAGUGUUGGAUGAAAGAUUAGACGAUGUGGCCAGUAGUUCCAGCGCGCACCCAUAUAAUGCACUAUUGCAUGGUGGAGUCUAUCUACGACAUGCUUUCUCCCCAUCCGCGCAGGGUUGGAGAACAAAUCGCUUUGCCAUUGCUUCCAGAUUUUGGACCUGA